CUGGAUAUUUCUCAAUUUGAUACUAUAUGCACUACAUUACAGCUCCCAAUCACACCAACAGAAACACCCUCCUUUGUCUGUGAGAAUGAUGAAAUUCAAGAACCUCAGACCAAAUCUGAAGAAGCCUUCGAUAAUAGGUUCGGAUUAGAACUUGGAGAAGAAAAGAAUGAGAGAAUAAUUGAGCAAAAUUUCGGUUUCAGCCAAAAGUCUCAAAAUAAUACCGAAGCAGAGCUUGAGGAAGAUUCUACUCAAAGUGAUGCAAGCUCUAGCACCUCUGAAUGCUCAUUGGAUGAAAUGAUCCCUGCGCAUGAAUCAGACAAUAUCUACAGACCUACUGUCGUUCCGACGACGGAUCUUCCAUAUCAUACAUUCCAUGAUGCCGUAAUGCAAAGAAGAAAUCAGCGAAGACAGAUCAGGAGAGCUGAGGAAUUUUUAAGAAACAGUGUGUUAUUGGCUAAGAGAAAUCAAGUCUACGAUGAGUUUGGUCAGUUCGUUCGUCUCUUAAACCCAAAAGACAAUAUUAGGUGA